GCUGGAACACGACCACACUGUACACUAGCUAGCUUGCAAAUAGAGAGCCAACAGUCAGGUUGCAAGAUGGCUAACGUUAAGCUUCAGUCGUUUAAUGUCUUUCUGACGGAAAGAUUAACAGCAGCUGCGGUAGACAUCUAUGGAUUCGUUGAGAAAACAAUAAUAGACUACCAGGAGGAGGUGUACCAAACAAAACUGGAGAACCAGAGGUUGCAGCGGCUGCUGGAUUUGGUCUACAAACCAGAGAUAAGACUGCACAGGGCAGAUGCCAAACAGCCAACUGCACCUACAUUCGCCGAGGAGAGUCCCUCUAAACAGGAGGAGUGGAACCCGGGUGUGUGCCAGGACGAGCCAGGACCCUCCCAGGUUAAAGUAGAGGAGGAUGAGCAGAAGGAGGAACUAUGGAUCAACGGAAUGGAUGAGCAACCUUCAGCGGAGGACAGCGAUGACGGGGACGCCUUGACGAAAGAACUCAUCAGAACAGUGCAGCAGUUAGAAGACUGCAGGGCAGCAGAGGAGAGCACAGAGUCGAAGCAAAGCCCUGUGGAGGAUCCAGAGCAAUCUGAAGAGAAGACAAGUACCACCUUAUAUCGCUGCCACAUAUGCAACUACAUAUUCACCAAAAAAACUGUGCUCACAUGGCACCUCAAGACACACGAGAGCAAGUCACAUGACAGCAAGGGGAACUUUGAUUGUCACAUAUGUGGCAAACACAUACCCUGUCAGAGCAAUCUGCAGAACCACAUGAGAGUACACACAGGAGAGAGACCCUACAGCUGCCAUUUCUGUGGCAAGUGUUUUAAACUGAAAGGACACAUGACAGAACACAUAAGAACUCACACAGGAGAGAAGCCUUUCAGCUGUCACAUUUGUGACAAAUCUUUUAACAGGGGUUCAACUCUGAGGAAACACGUUUUUGCCAAACAUAAAGAGGAGAGACCAUACAAAUGUGGGGAUUGUGAUGAGUUAUUCACUGAAAGGUUGCUGAUGAAGAAGCACAUGCGAAAAGUUCACGGAGUCAAACUUGCCACAAGUCAAAGUCCUGCCUAGAAAUUCCGAACAGACGUCAUUAAUGAAGUCAUGUUGCAAACGGUCUAAGUAUUUCGACACGCCCGUGAGUUUUGGCAAGUGAGUUUUCACCCGUGAGUUAUUUUACCAAUACCAGAAGAUUUUAAAUUUGGCUUUUAGGGUGUUAUAGGUUAGUACACGAGCCAAACUUUUCAAAUGUUGAAUGUUGUCUAACAUAGACACCCAUACAAAAUGUUACUUGAAUAAAAUACAAAAUUGGUAUUUAAAGGGAUUUUACAUUGUGUGAAAUAUGCUUCCUGACUUUCUUGCGGAGAGUU